UGCCUAGACUCCGCACUUGAGGGUUUGGUACCAGCACCCCGCCCAGAGCGGUGCCGCUGCCCAAAUCCUCGCCAGCAGCUCAUCAAGGCGCUCCCGGCUCCCUGUAGAGGCCCGACCUGCACGCGGUGGUGUCUGUGUGUCCGUCUGCAGGCGGCCUCCGGGGGCACCUCUCCCUGCCGCGCCCUCCCCCCUCCCCACCGGGAGUCCCACCCAGCAGCAGCCCAGCUCGCCUGCGCGGCCCGGGAACUCAGCAUGUGUCCCGCAGCCUUCAGCAACUUCUUGCUGCUCGCGUCCUCCCUUCUCUUCGCGGGGCUGGCAGCAGUUCCCCAGAGCUUCUCGCCCUCUCUGAGGAGCGGGACGGGGGCCGCCUGCAGGCUGACCCGGGCGGAGUCGGAGCGCCGCUGCCGGGCUCCCGGGCAGCCCCCAGGGGGCGCUCUGUGCCACGGCCGCGGCCGGUGCGACUGCGGGGUCUGCAUUUGCCACGUGACGGAGCCCGGCGUGUACUUCGGGCCCCUGUGCGAGUGCCACGACUGGGUGUGCGAGACCUACGACGGGAGCACCUGCGCAGGCCAUGGUAAGUGUGACUGUGGCAAGUGCAAAUGUCAGGAAGGUUGGUUUGGGAGUGCGUGCCAGUACCCGACUCAUUGUGACCUGACGAAGAAAAAGAGUAACCAGAUGUGCAAGAAUUCUCAAGAUGUCAUCUGCUCUAACGCAGGCACGUGUCACUGUGGCAGGUGUAAGUGUGAUAAUCCAGAUGGAAAUGGCCUCGUUUAUGGUAAAUUUUGUGAGUGUGAUGAUAGAGAAUGCAUAGAUGAUGAAACAGAAGAAAUAUGUGGAGGCCAUGGAAAGUGUUACUGUGGAAACUGUUACUGCGGGGCUGGUUGGCAUGGAGAUAAAUGUGAACUCCAGUGUGAUAUCAGCCCCUGGGAGAGCAAGCGAAGAUGCACAUCUCCAGAUGGCAAGAUCUGCAGCAACAGAGGGACUUGUGUGUGUGGUGAGUGUUCUUGCCACGAUGUUGACCCAACUGGAGACUGGGGAGAUAUUCAUGGGGACACCUGUGAGUGUGACGAGAGGGACUGUAGGGCUGUCUAUGACAGAUACUCUGAUGACUUCUGCUCAGGUCAUGGGCAGUGUAAUUGCGGAAGAUGUGACUGCAAGGUAGGCUGGCAUGGGAGGAAGUGUGAGCACCCACGUUCCUGCCCACUGUCUGCGGAGGAGAGCAUCAGGAAGUGCCAAGGAAGCUCUGCUCUGCCUUGCUCUGGAAGGGGUAAAUGCGAGUGCGGCAAGUGCACCUGCUACCCUCCGGGGGACCGCAGGGUGUACGGGAAGACGUGCGAGUGUGACAACCGCCGCUGUGAAGGCCUGGACGGCGUCGUCUGUGGGGGUCACGGAACGUGUUCCUGCGGCCGCUGCGUGUGUGAGAGAGGCUGGUUCGGGACGCUCUGCCAGCACCCGCGCCAGUGCAACAUGACGGAGGAGCAAAGCAAGAGCUUGUGUGAAUCAGCAGAUGGCAUACUGUGCUCGGGGAAGGGUUCUUGCCACUGUGGAAAGUGCAUUUGCUCCGCGGACGAGUGGUACAUUUCGGGAGAACUCUGUGACUGUGACGACAGGGACUGUGACAAGCACGAUGGCCUCAUUUGCACAGGGAAUGGAAUCUGUAACUGCGGGAACUGUGAGUGCUGGGCCGGAUGGAACGGAAAUGCGUGCGAAAUCUGGCUUGGCCCGGAGUAUCCUUAACAACUAACUGCGCGGGACACGACUGGAAUCCUACUUUUCUAGGCCAUUAGAACAACGUAAAUGCGAAGGAAACCAUGUAUAAUCACCACUAGGACAGGUCAAACAGACUAUUGUUAUGUUUUUCUAUUUCUGAAUGCCUGCAUGAAGUCUGGGUACCUAUUAAAAAAUGAGUUAAGCAAAGUCUGAUGUAAAUAAUGCCAGAAAGAAAUCCUCUUCCAGAGUUUACAUCAGUGGUUCUCAACAAGGGUGACUGUGCCACCCGGAAAACACUUGGCAACAUCUGCAGACAAUUUCAGUUGUCACACUGGGUGGGGUGGGAGGCCGUGCAACAGGCCUUGAGUGGGUAGAGGCCAGGGAGGCUGCUAAACCUCCUCGGGGGCACAGGACGGCCCCCACAACAAGAAGUUAGCAGACUCGGAGCAUCGAUAGUGCCCGAGCUGAGAAAUGUUGAGUUCCAUGGCCAGUGGACAUGCAUAUCCCGCACAAAAAGACCACAUGAGAAUCUCAGGAAAUACCCUCACAUAAACCCAUCAGUCAUAUUUUUUUCAGGAUUCCCUGUCACCCAGCGUUUCCAUGUGGGGACAAUAAAGACAAACAAACAUAAGGGACAACGACCAGGGUUGGGGGGAAUUGGGGGUGGGGUAGGGGGGAGGCAGGGGGAGGCGGGGCGGGGGAGGGGGUGGGCAGAUCAUUAGUGCUUUUCAAAGAAAAAGACUGGUCAGUUUUAGCCAGUAAGUCAUUCAUCUGGUCUCACUUUACACUCACAAAAGAAGAUUCUCUUAGGAAGGAGGUAUGAAAAGUAUAGAAUUUGACAUUUUUAAUAGCUAGUGAUGUACGUUGCUUACAAUCUGUGUCGAUAUAUAUUUGCCUACUGCUGAUAAACAGCAACACAAAACGAACGGGUAUUCAGGGCACCUUCUGUUCCUAGAUCCCUUUUUAAACUGGGCAGGGGUAGGUGUACAAGGACUCUGAUUUUUCACAAUUUAAAUUAUUCCAUGGUAACUUGCCUUUUAAAAAGAUAAUAUCUAAUUGGGCCUAGGAUAGGCUUAGAGUAUGCAUUUGUUUCCCCUAAAAAACUCUUAUAUCUAAGGACUCAUUAUUUACUGCAAAAGUAGGGUCAUGCAGAGAAGUCAGGAAGAGAUACUGUGAUCAAAUGAUACCAGUCUCAAAGCUCAAAGGAUAAAAAAAAAUCUAGAAAUGUCUUAAGUAGAAAUUACAAAUAUUCACUCAGCAAUAGGAACAAAAUGUUUAUUUUCUUAAUGGUGAAAUUUUGCUCUGUAUGAAAUUCACAUUGAAUUAUGAAAAUGUACAAUAAUUAGGACUUCCCUUACAUAUUUACAGUUAAAUCUACUUACACACAUUAGUUUAGGCAACCUUUAAUUAUUUGGAGCUAAAAAAACCCACUUUUUUUUUCUAAAUGUGAAUUAUAUUUUGUAAAAUCCUAGAAUAAUGUAACAAAACCAUUUUUCCACAUUAAGAUGAAAAUUUUUACUUGGAAAUUUUACUUAAUGAUGUAAAUAUUCUAGAGUCAUGGCUUGGACUUUGUAAGUCAAGUCACCAAAAAUAAGGAAAAUGUGCAUUUGCCAAGUUACUUAAAAAUUUAAUAUUGAAAAUUAUUUAAGAGAAAGUUUAUCUGAUGCCGACUUUUAUAGUACUGAUAGUGUUCUCAUACUUUAAUAGAGUUAUAAAAUUGUUAUCUCUAUCCUGAGAUUAUGGAGUGCAACCAUAUUAGUUGUAUCUCUAUUGUUGAGUAUGUCCGUUGAUAUAUCAGUUUAGUAAAAUGAGGGAAAUAGAAGCAGUUGAGAAAUAAUAUAGAGUAUAUUCUUCCCUCCUCUCUAUUUAAUCAUUUUAAGCCUCAAACUUGUUGUAAUUGUUCAGUCACAUUUUUGAGGACUCGAUGAUGCACCAUCAUCCAAAUUCCCUUCAUUAUCUCACCAUCAUAACACAAACCACCUUUGACUUCCCCUCCUGCAGAACUAUAAAGGACCAGAGUAAAUAUUUUAGUCCUUGUGGGCCACACAGUCUAAGAAGAAGUUGGAUUUCUUCUCUGUUUGUUUUUAAUAUUUUAAAACUAUAAAAGGGAAAACAGAAAGCAAACUCAUUUGGAGCUCAUGGGCAUUUUUACAAAAACAGACUGUGCUCAAUUUGGCUCCCAGCCAAGCAGCAUUUUGCCAACCUGAGCUCCCCUGAAGCUGCCCUUAAUUUCCUUUGUCUUAUCCUGCAAUCCCGAGUGCGCCUUAUUUUUCUUGAGGUUCUCUACGUUUUUUAUCCCUUUUGUUAACAACGACAACGAAAGGGCUUCUCUUUUUAUGUUUUCAUAGAAGAAAGGUAUCUUCAGCAUUUAGGUAUUUUACAAAAGAAGUUUUGAGUUGGAGAAAUUAUUAUACUAGAAAGUUCGAAAUGUGAUUUGUUCAAAUUUUUUGACAGGGCUGAAAAUGUAUGACAGCUAUCUUCUGGGUUCAUUUAGCUACAAAUUAUUGAACGGAAACUGAGUUACAGCAUAAGUCAUUUGGUACCUAAUCACUAUGAAUAUUUUUCUUUUAAAACAGAAAUAGUUUCUUUUUACUUCUUUCUGUCUGCUAUAAUAUUUCGUAUGCGUGUAUAUGAUUUUGACUCUAGCAAUGCAAUCAUCAAUAGACCUAUUAAGAAGUUAUUUAAUUUACAUGUUUAAGCUGGAAAAAAAAAUAUAGUUACAUGUAAAGACAUAAA